UUUGCGAGCAUUGAGAUUCCUGGCUCAGCCGCUGGCACGGGGAUUGUUCUCUUUCCAUUGAUGGGGGUGUCGAACCGCAAGCUGCAGGUUGCGCUCUUUACUGAUCCGUCACGUCCCCUCCCAACGGUGGAUGAGUUUGCUUCUUACGUGGUCAAUAUGGGUCCUCCGAUGAAUACUCACGCACUAGCUCUGGCGAUCCCGGAAGGUAAUACCAAUAACCCGCACGAUCAUAAUGUAUCCAGAACUGCGCAGUUUGCUCGGGCUGUACAGGAGGAACAAGAAAAGCAGCAGCAGUUUCUAAUCACCCCAAGCCCUUCGCACUCCUCCACUGACCUAAAUCCCUCACCGGAAUCCUACAUCCCUCCCUUCGAGCAAAAUCAAUCCUACGAUCCGGCAAUGUACGGUUAUGCCGGCCUUCAUUCUUCCGUUUCUCAACCUCCAGUCUCUGACGCAGCAUCGGCAUUGCUGUUCCAACCGGCUGGACCAUUCGACCAAUACAAUGUCAAUCCUCCUUCUAAUGGUUAUGACCUGUCGGCUGCCAACUACAUGAGCGAGACACAUUCAAUCUCCCCAUCUCCUGGAUACCUCGAUACGCAGUUCUCAAUACAUUCUCAAGGGAUCUAUAUGCCACCUGAAUAUAGUCAAAUGGCGAACGUGGACCCUUCCUCCUAUGGCGCGCUUAUGGAGAACUCUUUGGCAACGCAAGACUACGGUUAUACGCCCCAGUCUAUUUCGGCAGAUAUGUACUACGGGUUGGAGUCAGGGCAUGGACAGCCGUCAGGCACCUACCUCCCGAACCUAUGAGGUGCCUGCGUUCUUUCGAUGUUGAUAGGUUGGUAGUUGUCGGGGACUUUGAAAAUCUCGGUGCCACUAUUUUGUUGCAAUGAUUUAUCUCGUGCUGGUCUUAUUGUAUUAAUUUCCCUCGCUUGCUUGUUGUAUGAAUCAACCUCCCACACUUCGGGUUU